AUGCCUCACUCGUACGGUCUGCGCGCCGGCACUCGGUAUGCCUUCAGCCGCAGCUUCAAGGAACAUGGCAUGAUCCGCCUGUCCACUUACAUGAAGACCUACCGUGUCGGUGACAUUGUCGACCUGAAGGUUAACGGUGCCGUCCAGAAGGGUAUGCCUCACAAGGUCUACCACGGUAAGACCGGUGUCGUCUACAACGUGACCAAGUCCUCCGUCGGUGUCCUCCUGUACAAGCGCGUCAACAACCGCUACCUCGAGAAGCGCAUCAACGUCCGCAUCGAGCACGUCCAGCACUCCCGCUCCCGUGAGGAGUUCAUCAACCGCGUCAAGGAGAACGCCAUCAAGAAGCGCGAGGCCAAGGAGAAGGGUGUCCACGUCCACCUGAAGCGCCAGGCCGUUGGUCCCCGUGACGGCCACCUCGUCUCCGCCGCCGGCAACGCCCCCGAGACCGUUGUCCCCAUCGCCUACGACACCCACAUCUAA